GACAAAUGAUAACGCAGCCUUUCUCUUAAAAGCAUGACUCUUAUUUAAAGUGUUUCUGACAUUCAUAUAAAUGACAUCGAAAUGGGAAUACGCGUGCGUCAUGAUUCCAAAGUAUGGGUGUCGGGGGGCGUAGAGGAUGUGGAGUAACACAUAUGUAUGGUCACUGCAGUGCUACUUUCACUUCAGGGUAGUGGCUGAUGGAGACAGGACGAGAACACGCACAUUGAGGAUUAGGCAGUAGUGUAGUAGUAUUCACCGAGCGAGAGUGCGCGCGCGGAGAGGCAGCAACAGUUUCCUCACCACAAGGGUCUCCACAACAGAAGAAAAGUGAAAUGGCUAAAUAUAAGCCCUGGCAGGUGUGCUGCUUUAUCCUAUCAUGUCUGAUCGGCGCUGUCGCCCUCAUCUGCCUCUGCAUCGCCUCGCUCGUGGACAGAGGAUGUUCCAGCGGCAGCUUCAGGCGAGCGGCUGUGUCUGCGGACUCUCAGCGCUGUUCAGAGAUUGGCCGGAACAUGCUCCAGCAGGGGGGGUCGGCAGUAGAUGGCGCCAUUGCAGCUCUUCUGUGCACAUCUGUAGUCAAUCCUCAGAGCAUGGGGAUCGGAGGAGGAUCUAUAUUCACUAUAAGAGAUAAAACAGGCAAAGUUAAAGUCUACAACUUCAGAGAGACUGUCCCACAGUCAUUCAAGCCUAACCUGUUAAAGGACUGUCCAACCAAUUUCACGUUUUCCACAGGUAGCCAGUGGAUCGGCGUUCCUGGAGAGCUGCUGGGCUAUCAGGUAGUUCACAAACUCUAUGGGAAGCUGCCCUGGGCCAAGCUUUUUCAGCCAACAAUCAGACUGGCCAGGGACGGCAUCCCUGUGCCAGACUAUCUGGAAAGGGUCUUGAACAACAAGCUUGUGAGAGGCCUCGUGAAAAAGUCAUCUCUCUGUUCCCUGCAAGUUUUAUGCAAAAAGGACAAAACUGUUCUGAGCAAAGGAGACAUCCUGAAGUUUUCUAAACUUGCUGAAACCAUGGAAACCAUUGCAGAGCAAGGGGCAGAUGCCUUCUACAGUGGCAAGAUAGGACAAGACUUAAUCCAAGACAUACAAGCUGCAGGUGGGACAUUGACAAUGGAGGAUCUGAGGGCAUUCAAGGUGCGGGUGCAGGAUGCAUGGACAGUUCCUUUAGGAGAUACUAAAAUGCACAUUCCACCACCACCUGCUGGGGGCGCCCUGCUUGCCUUCAUUCUCGGACUUAUGAAAGGGUUUUCCUUGACUCCAAACUCUGUGCAUGGUGACCAAAGAAUUCAGAUGUACCAUCAUUACAUAGAGGCAGUUAAAUUUGCUAAUGGACAAAGGAGGAGCAUUACUGAUCCUGAAUUUAACAACAAAAAGAAUGCAGAUCAUUUGAUUGAUCCCUCCUUCAUUAAUCGCAUCAGAGGGAUGAUUUCUUCAAACCGCACCCAUGACAACUCCUACUACAACAACAUGAAACCCUCCUCUGAUCACAUUGGGACAACACAUGUGUCUGUCCUGGAUGAAGAUGGACUGGCUGUCUCUGCCACCAGCACUAUAAACCAAUUAUUCGGAGGAGGUGUUUACUCUCCACGAACGGGCAUCAUCCUCAACAAUGAGCUGUCUGACUUUUGUGGGAAAGCAGACACAGUGAGGGCAGGUGAACAGCCUCCCUCCUCGAUGACUCCAGUAAUACUGGAGUUGGGGUCUGGAGGAAUCCUUAUAAUUGGUGGAUCGGGAGGAAGCCUGAUCACCUCAGCAGUGGCCUUGUCUAUAAUAAAUCACCUGUGGCUGGGGAUGAGUCUGGAAGAUGCCAUCAGUGCUUGUAUAGUCUUUGUUGAUUCAAAGAACAAUGUGAAUUUUGAGCCUGGUUUCGACAAGUCUGUGAUGAAUGGCCUCUAUGGUCUUGGACACAAAAACGGUGACUGGACAUUCUUCGUCAAUGUGGUCAAUGCCGUGGAAAAGGAGAAAGGCUGCAUUGUGGCGGUGUCGGACAAAAGGAAGAUGGGAAAUUCAGCUGGAUACUGACCAUACAGACCACUAGGAUGCAACACCUUCCCACUAAAAUCCGUCCUUAAGACUGACUGAGCCUUUAGCCUUAAGAACAGUGAAUGUGCAGCAUCCCUGACAACAAAAUGUGAGAAAUUUGGAGCUCUGUUUUUUUUCUGAGAAAGAACCAGAACUGAAAAGCAACAGGAAGCUACUAAUCUUUAAGGAUAAUUCCAGUUUAUUAUAACUUGGAUUUCAUUUUCAUAGUUUUGGCCAACUUCUGUACCAACCAAAGUGAUGUAGACUAACGCACCAUUAGCACACCAUCUGGCAGCUACUCAUACUGCUUUUAUGUACUGUAGGAUCACACACUCCUGACCAAAGUGUAAUGUGUGUGCAACAGCGAGGCAUAAAAGAGUCUACUGUAGUCCAACAAAACCAAACAUAGCGCUGUGUAAUACUAAGUCUAUUAAUACCAAUGAAUGUUUUGUUUUCUGACUGAACUAUGUAAUUCUACAAAAGAACUGUUUUCUGUAGAUGAGCCAUGUAACCUGUACACAGACAUCCUGACUGAGAUAUGAGUUGAUGGUUGUUGUAGGCUGUCAGCUGCCCAAACAGGAAAUUUUUACUGUGACCUUAAAGAUUUUGCUGAAUGUGAAAAGGAUUUAUUCAGGUUCUACAGCAUAUUGUGAUCCUUCUUUAAACACUAUGAAAAUGCUGGAGAAUUUCUUUUUAAAUGAAACAAGCAGUAGAUUCACAAUGAACAAAACUAUGUCAGAAAGUGUAUUUUUACACUAUCAGCAUGUCAUUUUGUAUUUUCUCUGUGUUUUAGUAUGUCGAAAUGUUUUGUAAAAUAAUUCCACCUUUUUUUUAUUACAAUUUUUAGCUUUGAAUAUGUGUUGUCACAAUAAAAGAGUCCAAAAUAAAA